AUGGGAUUCCCAGACUCCCCAGAUGGGCUUCCGUCCUCGACGGCUGAGACUGUUUUCGAGGCUCUUGCGAGAUUGAAUCGCGACCCGGAUAACAGCCACGUUCCCAGCAUGCUCCUUGAUGCCAGGCGCUCACAGCCAAUGGAAGUCGAAGUAAUUGUUGGGGAAGUCGUGAGGAUGGGGAAGAAGUACAAAGUUGAUAUGCCACAUAUCGACAUGCUGUACGCCCUUCUGUUAGUGAAGCAGAACCAAAUCCUGGGUCGUAUGAUGGCACAGUAG